CAGUCACUACUUCCGCAUCGUCGUUGUGUUCAUUUGUGAUUGGAAGUGGAGUUAGGUGAAGUGUCCUCACAGCAAUGGAAACAUAAGGACUCAUAUUUAACAUUUUAACCUUCUGAAUAAUAUCGUAAGCCCGUAAUUUGGUACAUAUAUUUGGACACACCAGGAGGUUAGAGCACAGGCUGUGUGUCAAUAAAGGAUAGGAAAGGAGCAAGCCAGCUAGCUUCUGAGCUAGCCCCUGCAGGUGGUCUGUCUGUCAGUGGGUGUAGGGUAGGUAACCUGAUGGAAAAUGGAUUUCCUCUGUACAAUAGUUCAAGCCCUCGUCGCACUGGCAGCUGUAGGUUUCAUCGUGUUGCUCGUAAUAGCACACUUAACCGCAGGGAUGGUGGACCUGACACGCCAUGAGAAGGAGAAAUACUUUCUCACCGCCACCGGAGAGAAGCGGCUCUUCCCCAGUCUGCAUGAUCCCCAUUCCAGGGAGCUCUCUGUGGUGGUCCCAGCCUACAAUGAGGAGCUCCGAUUACCAGUGAUGAUGGAUGAAGCUAUGGAGUACUUGGAAAACAGGCAGAAACAAAACCCCUCUUUUACCUAUGAGGUCAUCGUGGUGGAUGAUGGCAGCAAAGACAAAACCACAGAGGUUGCUUUGCGGUACACUAGGAAGUACAGUGCUGAUAAAGUGCGCGUCCUGACGCUGGUGAAGAACAGAGGGAAAGGAGGAGCUGUGCGGAUGGGAACUCUGAGCUCCAGAGGGAAAGUCAUUCUGAUGGCAGAUGCUGAUGGAGCCACAAAGUUUUCUGACAUUGAGAAAGUGGAGGCUGGACUCAAUGACCUCAACCCCAAACCGGAGAACAUGGCAAUUUCAUGUGGAUCCAGAGCUCACCUAGAGAAAGACUCUGUAGCUCAGCGGUCUUUGUUUCGUACGUUCCUUAUGUAUGGCUUCCACUUCCUGGUGUGGUUCUUUUGCGUGAAGGGGAUCAAGGACACUCAGUGUGGCUUCAAGCUUUUCACACGUGAGGCUGCACUCAAGACCUUCUCCUCUCUCCAUGUAGAGCGAUGGGCUUUUGAUGUGGAGCUCCUGUAUAUUGCCCAGUGUUUUAAAAUCCCCAUAGCCGAGGUGGCAGUCAACUGGACUGAAAUAGAAGGGUCCAAGCUGGUACCGUUUUGGAGCUGGCUGCAGAUGGGACGAGACCUGGUUUUCAUUCGCCUGCGCUACAUCACCGGAGCCUGGAAACUGCAGUCAUCGCAUAAGACUGAUUAACCAAUCAGACGAGCCCCUGUAUCAUAGAGACGGCCUAUGAUACGGCCACCGAGCCUUUGGGUGGUUUGGGGGGGAGCGUUACAGCUGUGUCCAUCAUUCACUGUAAUCAGAAGCAAAGCACGGUGUAUCAAUACUUCUCCUUUCCAGGCAUCACUGGAUGUGAAGUAAUGACACAGUUUUGGUUUCCUCAUGAUCCUGCCUUUAUUUUUAUGCGAUUACUAUUUGUUAUGGCUUAUGUUAAAAAAAAAAAAUUCUGUUGCCACGGGUUACAGAACAUCUCUGUGGCUCGUCCUUGAACUAAGUUACAUCAUGUUGUGCCCAGUCAGCCGCGAGAAGGACUUUUAGUGGUGUUAUGUGGAGGACCUGCUGAUGUGAGGGACUAAUUUUAUUUUGUAGGGUUGAUGGGCUUAAUGACAUGAACAAGAAUAAUAAAAAAGUCAGUGAUUUAUGACUCAAUAAUUCUUAGUAACUAAAGCUGCAACAAUAGGUUGAGCUACAGAAAUGUAACUGACAACUGUUGUUAAUUCAAAAAAAAAUGAGCAUUUGAUUGAUUUUGAGUUGUCAGAAUUUGCUGAUUUUCUUUGUUUCUUGUUUUGUUUUUUCCCCAAUUUGCACUGCUGUCAAAUAGAAUCAAUGAAUGACUGAUGGUAUGAAAACAACAACAUGCUCUACAGUAUGUAAUCAGAUUGGUGAAUGGGAGGAAAAACAUCCAUUAAUCCAAUCCUUUAACUGCUUGUCUCACCUUAGUUGCAGUUGGGCUGAAGCCUAUUCCAGCUGAUACCGAGUGACAGGCAGGAUUUAUCCUGAGCAGAAAGAGAAAAAAAAUUGAUAGAAAUGUGCAGUAAACAAACUCAUUUUACACGGUCGGCCACAUACAGCCCACUUUGAUCUUUGGCCGUAGCAACGAAACUGCCCUUUCUGUCAGUGUAAAGAUGUUUAACUACACAGUUAAUCCCAUCUAAUAUAAAAAGAAGUCCAAUGGCAAUGGUCCAGCUCUUUAUCAGCAGGAAAUGCUAUGAAACCUAUGAAUUCAAAUCCAAAAUCAAUUCCCUCCUUCACAUUUUAUAUUUUCCAAAUUCGAGCAGUGGGCCAAAUUGAGUUCUUUGCCAGACCCAUUCUGGCCCACAGGCCUCGUGUUUGACACCUCUGACAUAGAGAUUAAAGAACCAUCAGUGAUGACAUGGUUUCAUACACUACAGAGAAGCUUAAACUACUCUGCUGUGUUUGUAACAAUGCUUACUGCAGCUACAGCGUUUGGUAAAGACAUGACAUCUCUUUGUUAAUACUGAAGCUAAAGGAGUUUCUUGUAGUAGGGCCGAGGAUCUUUAAUGGGUCUUAAAACUUGACUAAUUGUGACUGAUGUUCACAAACAUGCAGUGAGGCACCUUUCAGGCUUCUUACAGAGAGUACCAGGGUCAGGAAAGUACCUUUGAAAUAUUAUUAC